ACUUGGAGUGGAGUGUGACGGCUCAAGACUCAAGCUAGCGUAUCACAUGUUUUCCUUGGAGAUCUUGCCAUGUGAAUGUGAUGGUUAUUGUGAGAUCCGGAAGGGGCAGCUUGAAGCAAGUGAAUUGUAAAAAAAUUGGAGAUCGCUCAGAUCUUGAAAUCUCAUAAACCAGACAAAAGCAACAUCAUGAAGCGAAUUCACGUUUUCCCUCUUUUGGCAAUUCUCGCCCUCCUUGUUCUUCCAACCCAGGCUGCAACUCAUCUUCGAGAACGUCGGAUACAAGGGUAUACGAUCACGUUGGUUCCCUUUGGAGUGACGGUCAAGAUUGGCAAGGGAUCUGCCAAUUCCGGUAGACAGCCAACAUCGACUGACUACGACGGCGUGAACGAGGCUGUCAUGACCUGGUUCGAUGAUAACAGCAACGCGCAGUACAGCGCUGAUCCAGCCACCAACUUUUUGGCAACACAAUGCAGCAUUGGCAGUACCAAUGACGUCAGUACUACUGAUCCCUCUUACGAACACGAAGUAUCACUCUCCUGCGAGGCCAAGUUUGAGCACGACCCUUCCGGUAGCAGUCCAUCGGCCCUGGAACUUAUGCAGACGGCUACUACGUACAGUAUUGGCAACUUUAUUGCCAACUAUCUGAAUCCCGCCGUUGCGGCUGAUAGCGCCUUUCAGUCGGCACGACGCGCAUCCUUGGGCAUGGUAUACAUGUCCUCGUCUGGUGCUGGUAGCAAUGGUAGUGGCAACGGUGGCGGCAAUAAUGGCGUCGGUACACCCAUGCCCACUCCUGGACCAACGUCUGCCCCCGUUCCCAUGCCGCCAACCCUCCCACUACCAGUCCCAAUGCCAACGUCUUCACCCGAUACGGAACCCAUCGUCCAUGAACCAAUCAUAAUCAAAUGGACUUUGGGUAAACCCAAUGGAAUCGAUCUACGAGAACCUACGGAGACCGAAUGGGAUGACUUGGUCACGGACACUCAGAACUAUAUUCAUUUCGUUUUCAACAAAACGUACAACGUCGUGGACGUCGAUGGUCUACUUCCCGAGUUUGUCUCCCUCGAAAACACCACCGUGGUGUCCAAAAACUAUGACGACUCUGCCGCGAGACCCUACGAGGUCGUCGUCGACUCCAUGGCCGUCUUUAAAGUGACCGAGGGCACCGCGAGACCACCCAUGUUCCAAUGGGUAUAUGCGAUCCAUAUUGAAGGAUUGAGUACCUUUCGAAACGACUUUUUAAACCAACGAACUGGCAGUAUCUUUGAGAAUCCAACCUCGUUGCAAUGGAGAGCUUUGGAGUAAUAAAUGUAACAAGCAAUACAAACUACAUGCAUGGAUCGUCCGACAAUAGACUGAAAACUGAAUUUACCAUUUUGGAUAGGAUCCGUGUACUAGCUAGCUAGCAAGAGUUAUUAUAUUUCAAAUCAAAGUGGCAUUUUGCU